AUGCAAGGGAAGGAUGAACCUCAGCCUGAGAAGAAAGGUAGAUCCGUGUUCGUCUUUGUGACAUCUGUGUCUGUAGCAAGGCCUGAAGGCAUGACCUACGUGACCACCAUCAACGAUGUGCAUCAAUAUCGUGACCUUGAAGGACGUCCAUACUUUACACUGAAAAAACCCGAAGAACCGAAUCACGCGAUGAGGAGUGCGGAUUCACUUAGUCUUGGUGGAACCAAUCAAGGGAGAAUAAUGACAGAUUUGAAACCCCCCCUUUCCUAUUUAGAGGUGCCGACUACAGAGUCAGUCUACUCAAUCGAUGCGCGGAGAACUGGUGCUUUUCGCGUCCCCGAUGUUGUAGAUGAUCUGGCCCUUUCUCCGGAUUGGUUACCACCCUUUUCCGUCACACGUUUUCCAAAAAAUGGGAGACUGGGAAUCUCUGUCAUCGGUACGUUCCUUAAAUGA